CUUGUAAACAAGGAGUCAGCAUAGGAGGAGACAGCGCAGAGCGAGGCGGACCGAGAAGGGAGCAGCUCCAGCUGAUACUGAGUGAUUACAGUUCCCGACAGACAGAGCCCCAGCACAGCCCAGACAGGCCACCCCACACACACCUCUGUCUGUACACAUGUACUAGCAGCAAACACAUUCAGGGACAUUACAGCUCACACAGCUUUGCUUCCUGUUGUCCUAGUCAGUGCAGUCCAGCCACAGCCAUGGGUAAUGGAAUGAACAAGAUUCUCCCUGGCUUAUUCUUGGGGAACUUCAAAGAUGCUCGUGAUAUCGAACAGCUUAACAAAAACAACAUCACUCACGUAUUAUCAAUACAUGACAGUGCAAGGCCAAUGUUGGAGGGCCUGAAGUAUCUUUGCAUUCCAGCAUCUGAUUCCCCAAACCAAAACUUGAUACAACACUUUAAAGAGAGUACAGCAUUCAUCCAUGAAUGUCGCCUGAAAGGAGAAGGCUGUCUUGUUCACUGCUUGGCAGGUGUUUCCAGGAGUGUGACCUUGGUAGUAGCUUAUGUCAUGACAAUUACAAAUUUGGAAUGGGAAGAUGCGUUGGCAGCUGUUAAAGGGGCAAGGACAUGUGCCAACCCGAAUAUGGGUUUUCAGAAGCAGCUUGAGGACUUUGGAAAACAUGAUGUCCACCAUCACCGAGUAUGGUUGAAGGAGACCUAUGGAGAAAGUCCUUUCCUGGAUGAGGAGGAAGCCAAGCAACUUGUAGCCAAACAUAAGCAGAGGGAAGAAGAGUCCAGCACUGCAAGCUCGAGCAGACAAUGGAGCAGUCAUUUAACCUCUCUCUCUUCCAUGGCUUACAGCAAUUACACAACAGAAACAUAAAUUUUUACUGUAGCACGUGUGUUUACUGUCUAAAUUACUUGUCACCACUAAAGUAUAUAAGCAGACACCACAUUGGUGACUGACAAUUGUUGAUACAGAAUUGGUUUGAUAUGAGUUAAGAGGUCUUAAGAACACAAAUGAAUGUGUAUUAUAUCCCUGCAAAGAUGAGCAUCAUUUUGCUGAAUUGCAAUUUGAGUCAGGAUUUAAUCUAGUCUGUCACAUGAAGAGGGUGAAUUCCACUACUGUUGUGUAUUCUUGGCACUUUAUUCCAUAUCUCCUUAACGCGGGUCUCCCUGAAAGCUUUGAUAUUAGUAAGCACUGUUUUAUGGCUUUUACUGUGCUUCUGUUUUUAACAUAUUUUAACGUUUUCUACCUCAAUAUGCCAUUUGUUUCUAUGUUUACCAAGCUGACCCACUUCCCAAUUGCAUCCUUAACAAUGACAAAUAUGUUGAGUGGAAAUUUCUCAGGUAGUACAGUGUCAAUAGUAGUGAUUUUACUGUUCUCCUGCAAGACCAAUCUGAAGUGUAAACGUAUGGUGCCACAAUAGACUCAGGUAAUGUAGACGUCAAGUGUUCUUUUUCCUAUUGGCAGCUUUCAAAAGCUAACCCAUUCUUGUAGCGAAAGAAAAAUUGGCCACACAAUAUCUGUAAGGAGUUAUUGUAUUGAGAUCAUGCACUUUAUAUAAUAAGCAAGAACUAGUUUAAAAAUAUAUCUAAGUAAACGUAGCCCACCAUGCUUUGAAUUGUAGAGCACAUAGAACUGUGGGAUAGCGCCAUAAUCGGAGACAAUUUUGUGUAUUACUUUUGUGGUUACUAAGAAUUUAUGCAUAAAAAUGGCAGGGAAAUAUCACAUGCUAGUUAGGACUUUGCACUAUAUUAUGAAGAAUACUAAAGGUGACAGCCACAUUUCCAGACUUAAUGAUGAAGUUUAGGAAAGUUGCUGUACUCUGAUCAGUCACAUGCCACCUUGGGUUAUUUCAUUGUUAGGUCAUAUGUAUGGCAGUUUGAUCAGACAAUACUGAAGGCUUUGUGUAAAAACUUGAACUGGGCAUCAAGAGUACCUUUUCUUCAUGUGCUAUGUGGUUAUUAAACUGAAAGAAUACAUAUAUUCCUCUGGAUAAUUGAUUCUAAAUAAAUACAAGCCAUGCUAAAAUGUUUUUACAUUCCCACUGUUAUACACGUGGACUGUUAUUGUGUGAUUUUUUUUUUCAUAUAGGAAAGGUGGAUCCAAAUAAAAAAUAAAAACUGUAUUAUGUCAA